AUGUUACAUACAUUUUUCUUCGUUAUAUUUCUUGUGUCAUCAUCCAAUACUUUACCUUUAAGUGAUUUCUUUCCAUUUGGAUCUGAAAAAGAUGAUUCAAUAAUUUCUCCAGACAACAUAAAUAUCGGUCCUUUGGAUCUACCAUAUGUAUUUCCUUGUUUUGACAAUAAUUAUAAUCAAAUUUGGAUAAAUAGCAAUGGUUUAUUCUCUUUUCGUCCACCAAUCAAUUAUUAUUCACCAAGACCACUUACUUCGUUGAAUGAUAGUUGUCUUGUGGCUGGAUUUUGGCAUGCAUAUAUUUGGAAUCAAGACAACGAUACUGAAAAUGGAGUUUACUAUCAAAUUCAUAGUAACAUAUCGAUAUCAAAUUUUACAGUGACAGCAUUUAAUAAAGCAAGUGAUUAUGUUCGAAAAUUCUUUCCUCAACAACGUCCAUUCAAACCAAAAAUGGUUAUUACAAGCACUUGGUAUUACAUUGGUAUUAACCAUAAUGCUACUAAUACAUUGAAUAAUACCUUUCAAAUAAUAUUAUGUACAGAUGAAGAUCGUAGUUUUGUCUUUUUUCUUUAUCAUGAUCUUCAAUGGUCUAAUCCUUACAAUAUGCCGUAUAAUUAUGCUGAAGCAGGAAUCCACAAUGGCAAUCAAAAUAAAUCUCAAAUACUUCCAUAUUCAGGCAAAGAACACAUCGUGAAAUUAGUUAAUGAGAGUAAUGUUAAUGUACCUGGAUUAUUUGUUUUUCGUAUCGAUGCCGACGAGGUCAAUGCAGGUGGUUGUAAUACAAAUGUAACAAUAAUUUCUUUCCGCCCUCGUAUUAGUUCACAACUUGGCUCUACAGCUCUCAAUAUUUAUGGUCCAUGUUUUACAAAUCAAACAAAAGUCAAAUGUCAAUUUAGUUCUUCAUUACAACCUAUCGAUGGUUUUAUUAUUGAUGAAUUUCGAGCUAGUUGUCUUACACCAUUUACAUCUGUGCAUGGAUCAGUACCAGUGAAUAUAUCGAUUGAUAAUGGAACGACAUUCGUUUCAGCCGGUACUUUUACAUAUGCUCCAGUACAAUUCAAUUCUGAUGAAGUAAUUAUUCAAACAGAAGGCAACGAUUACAACUUACUUAGUGCCGGACAGUAUGUUAGAUUAACAUGGUAUUUUUCUGAAGUAAUGAGAAAUACAUUUCCUAAUGGUACAAAAAUCGAUAUCGAAUUAUGGAAAGUAAGUCUCAACGUUCGCUCACAAUUACAAAAGGAUAAUACACCUAUAAUACUUGUACGAAAUGGGAUUCUUACUAAUUCGGUUCGUGUUCAAUUACCUUCAAGUAUUUCUAAUAUUUCGACAUGCUAUAUUCGAGUAAUUGCACACUUUAAUGCUCAAAUAUACGUUGGAUUAAAUACAGGUUUAUUGAUCGUUAGAAGUCCUUCAUCAUUGGCUCUCGAGUUAUGUCAGAAUUGGGCCGCACGACAACCUGACCCAUCAACAUGGAAUGGUGAUGUUCUUCUUCAAUGUCCAAUGACACGUUGGCAAGCAAUAGCAGCUGGUCGUUGUUGUUAUGAACUCGAUCGACAAUGCUAUAAUGGUAAUUCAAAUUCGAAUAAUUGUUGGCUUCAUAAAGCUCGUCCUGAACAUGAUGAACCAUCAGCUAUCGAAUGUUAUAUUUCCAAAUAUUCAAAUAACCACCAUGCUGGAGCAGAAUGUUGUUAUGAUAAUAAUCACAUGUUAAUUACACGUGGUACAGGUGCAGGUACUGAUGAUCGUUAUCAUCAAAUAAUAUCACCUGUUCAACAUUUUUUUCAUGAUACUUUACCUUACUUACAAUGUUGUAUGAUGAAUACAAGUAAUGAAGCAUGUAAUCGAUAUAUGUAUUAUCGACCAUCACGAAGAGGUAGUAAUACAAUGGGUGACAGUGGUCGAAUGUGGGGAGAUCCACAUUUCGGAACACUCGAUGGAACGCCGUAUACUUUCAAUGGUUAUGGAGAAUACAUUUAUCUAGCCAUUAGUAAUAGUACUUCGCGAUCAGCUGCUUUCAAUGUUAGUAGUCAAUCUUAUAUAUUUAUGUCACAAAUUCGAACUGUUCCAAUAUCAUCAAGUAAUGCUACCGUUACAAAAGGCUUUGCUGCUCGAUCUAAUAAUAUCGAAAGUGAAACAGUAAAAGUGACUAUUUCACGUCGUGAACGUCUUGUUUUACAUCGUGGAAAUGAACAGCUAGAAUUCGAUGAUAAUAUGAAUACAAUUUUCUUUCCUGAAAUUACUAUUAGUCGACUUGAUGGUAAUAAUAAUAGACAUUUUUUUCUUUCAUGGACUAUUGGUGUAACUAUUGAAAUAAAUGUGAUCGAAAUGAUAUCACCAUCAAAACAAUUAGUACUUAAUAUAGGUGCUUCAAUAGCUGGAAUUUUUCGUGAAAAAACAUACGGACUAUUAGGUACUUAUGAUGGAAGAACAGAUAAUGAUUUACGAAGUAGAAAUGGAAGUAUUAUAAGAAGUAAUGCUUCAAUUGAACAAAUUCAUAAAGAUUUUGGUGUUACUUGGGCUAUUGAUCCAUUCUCUUCAUUAUUAUAUUAUGAAUCAGAUCAAACUUCUGAGUUCUUCUACGAAAGAAAUCGUGAAUUUAUUCCAUCAUUUAUUGAUCCGACAACAACAACAAAUAAUUUGACAAUUCGUACUAAUUGCAAUAUAAAUGCGACUUCUUCAGCUUCAUCAUUGAAUCUAGCUCAACGAACAUGUUACUAUGAUUUAUAUAUGACUAAUGAUAUUAAUUUUGCUAAAGAAUCACUGAGAGCUGGUAAUGAACUUUUAGAAAUUCGAAAAAAUCAAAGAAAUCCACCUUUAUUCAAGUCAUCGCUUCCUCUUAGUAUGAAUUUGACACAUGGUCAGCAAAUGAAUUUAAGUAUAUCUGCAACAAGUGAAUACCCAUCUCAUAUUGUCGAAUUGUUUGAAUUGCAUCUACCUACAAAUGCUACAUUUGAUCGGAAUACAAGUAUAUUUCUAUGGAUAGCUAUUAAAGGUGAACAUUACUUGAGUAUUGAAGCACGUGAUAAAACGUAUAAUUUAACAUCAAAGCAUGAUAUCACUUUUUAUGUAAAAGCAAAUGACCCAAUCGUUGUUACACCUUCUAGUGGCAGUAAUAGUCUAGUUAAGAAAACUACUUUUAUCAUUAUAAUUCUUGGACUAACUCUUCUUUUUGGUCGAUAA